AUGGGCAUUUUGCAUGAGGAUGUUGUGGUAAUUAACCAGGCAAAGAAGGCUGGGGAACCCACUGUAAUCACUGUCAAUUGCCCUGACAAAACUGGAUUGGGCUGUGAUUUGUGCAGGGUUAUAUUGCUCUUUGGGCUAAGCAUUUGCAGAGGAGAUGUUUCAACAGAUGGGAAAUGGUGCUACAUAGUGUUUUGGGUGGUGGGAAAACCAAAUACAAGGUGGAAUUUGUUGACAAAGAGAUUGUUAGAAGUGUGUCCGUCGUAUUUGUCGACUUCUGGAAUAUUCUAUUAUCACCCUGAAAACCAGCAGCCUAAGCCACCGGAUGUUUUCCUUCUUGAAUUCUGGUGCUCUUAUGAACGGGAAGGCCUAUUGCAUGAUGUCACUGAGGUUCUCUGUGAGCUGGAGCUCACAAUACAUAGAGUGAAGGUAUCUACUACCCCGGAUGGGAGAGUGAUGGACCUUUUUUUUGUUACAGAUACCAGAGAACUUCUUCAUGCAAAAAGAAGACAAGACGAAACAAUUCUUUGUCUGAAAGCUGUUUUAGGGGAUGCCUUGUUGAGUUGCAAAAUUGAAUUGGCUGGAUCAGAGGUUACCGCUUGUUCACAGGGUUCUCCAUGUCUUCCUUCUGCCAUCACUGAAGAAAUAUUCAGUUUAGAGCUGCCCAAUGGACGCCUAAGCAUAUCUGUUGCCUCCAACCCCAUUUCAGUAACAGUGGACAACAACCUUAGCCCAUCUCACACACUCGUUCAAAUCUUCUGUCAGGAUCAUAAAGGCCUUGUAUAUGAUAUCAUGAGAACCCUAAAGGAUUACAACAUUCAGGUUUCUUAUGGACGAUUCUAUGCAAGCCCAAAGGGAAAUUGUGAGGUGGACUUGUUCAUAAUGCAAGCAGAUGGCAAGAAGAUUGUUGACCCCAACAAGCAAAAUGCGUUAUGUUCUCGUUUGAGAAUGGAGCUUUUGCGUCCUCUUAGAGUGGCGGUGGUGAGCCGUGGCCCUGAUACUGAGCUGGUGGUAGCUAACCCUGUUGAGUUGUCUGGCAGGGGCCGUCCUCUAGUCUUUUAUGAUAUCACUCAUGCCCUCAAAGUUCUGAAGACACACAUCUUUUCGGUUAAGAUAGGGAAACACAUGAUUCAAGAUCGGGAGUGGGAGGUCUACAGAAUCCUGCUAGAUGAAGGAGUUGGUUAUUCAGUGCCAAGGAACAAAAUUGAGGAAGGUGUAAGAAAUAAAUUGAUGGGUUGGGAAUAG